UGCUUGAUUAAUGAGAGUGAUAACAUGAUGAUAAUUACACCACAAAGAAAGGCAAAUCUAAGCUUUGAGGGAACUUUGAAGAGGGGGGGAAAAUACAGAUAGGGAGAUUAAGAAAAAAGAGUGUUAGAGAUUGGUAAUUAGUGAUUGUUUAGUUAAGGUGAUGUCAGGAAUAAUGCAGGUAGAAGGAGGAGCCAACAGAGUUCAACAGCACAAGCAACAGGCAGCUGCUAAUCAUCAGUUCCCUGUUCCCCUUGUUUCCAGAUUGGAUCACCUGGAUUCCCUUAUGAAGUACUUGGAAGGGAAACAAAACUCCCAAAAGGGGUUGGGUGGCGGAGGAGGAGGAGGAGGAGGAGAGGCAGCUAAGCAGCAAACUGCGGCAUUGCUUGAAGUGGCAAUGAGGGAGGCUUACUUCAAAGGAUCUCUGCUGGAUCGUGUCGCUUCUCUCGAACACCGUCUCUUUCAGUUGUGCCUAGAGAUGGAGUCAACCAACACCUCCACUAGUUCAUCACAAACAUCAGGAGGCGGCUGCACCUCCGCCUCCUCUACCACCACCACCACCACCGCGACAGGGUCGAGAAGCCAGACGCCAUCCUCGUCUUUCCCAACAUUCAGUCUUUCCAAUCCGCGCCACCCUCUUCUUCAUCACCACCUUGCUAGAUCUCACCUUCAGCAGGCAAGUAUUCAUGUAGAGGAGGAGAGGGAGGAAGAAGGAGAGACAAAGGGCAAGGAUUCAAAGAAAGGCAGCAGCAGUAAAACCAGAAAGGAAGAGAAGAAGAACUGCAGAACAAAUGGGAACACUCACAGCAGCAACAAGAAGCAGAUCAAAUGGCCACAGAUCAGACCUCUUAAGCUUUUAGGAUGCUAA